AAGGGCUGGUGACUUUCAGAAGAUGAAGGCAGGAGGAACUGUUGGCAGGAUCGCCUGAAAACCCAGAGUUCAAACCUCCUGGGAGUUUCUGGGACCUCAGCUGGAACCAACGGGCUAGGCUGGUCCCCGGGUGCAGGACUGGUAGCACCAUCAUGAUAUCACAACCCGUGACCAAUGACACCAUCAUAGUGGUCCCCCCAAAUGGCAACUUCUCCCAAACAGAGAAACCCAAGCCCACACACCAGAGGCAAGACAUCCUGAAGAAGUGUCUAAAGGAUGAAGUCAAUGUUAUUGGGACUAUUCAGAUCUUUUGUGGCAUGGUGGUCUUGAACUUGGGAAUCAUUUUAGCAUCUGCUUCCUUCUCACCACAUUUUACCCAUGUGUUUUCGACCCUGUUGAAGUCAGGCUAUCCAUUCGCAGGACCCUUGUGUUUCGUCAUCUCUGGCUCCCUAUCAAUCAUCACGGAGAAAAAGUCAACUAAGCCUUUGGUUCAUAGCAGCCUGGCUGGAAGCAUUCUGAGCAUUGUGACUGCUCUAGUGGGCUUCAUUCUCCUCUCUGUCCACCUGUCUGCCCUAAGUGCUGCCUUGUUGCAGUGUGAGUUGGACACAAAGAACAAGCCAACAGCAAAUUACAGAUAUCACUUUUACCAGGAUCUGUACUCUAUAAAGGACUGCUUUAUGGCCCAAACCAGUCUGGUCGGAACUUUGUCUUUGAUGCUGAUCUGCACUGUGCUGGAGCUCUGCCUGGCUGUGUUCACUGCUGUGCUUUGGUGGAAAAAGGCUCACUCUGACUUCCGCGGGACUGUGCGUUUCCUGUCUCAGAGUUGCAAGGAUAUAUCCAACACAAAGAUGCCUUGUGACCGUGCGUAUGAAGAACUAUUGCAUCCUUAGGAAAAAAGGGGGACAGGGAAUAUUCAUCAUAAAGUUACUCUUUAUGAUAAGAUAGCAAACCUAAUCAUAAACUCAGAGUUUCAGUUUGCUAAAUGUAAGUUUGCUAGGCAAUAAAUAUUUUUAAAAAUUGUUUUCUUCUCAUUGAGUUUGUAUGUCAAAUGAGGGUCUCUUGAUUUGCCUGAUAUUGACAUCGGCAAAAGCCCAGAGCUAUAAACUACCUUUUCUUAGACUGCCCAAAUAGUCACAGCUGAUCCUCAGAAAAACAGUCAAAGUGAUGACUCAGUGGAUCGUGUGCAAGCAAAGGAAACCUUUUUUCUUGUACCCCUUAACUGUCAAUGGAAGUUAACUGAUUUUUUGUGGUGUUCAGACUCUUAUAAUAGGCACUAGUGUUUUAUUAUAUGUACUUGACUCAUUUGUGCUUGGAGUUAAGACUCUCUGAUGGGAUCACACCUGUGGUGCAUAUUACAGGGGUAUUUGCGAAACCUGGUAAAUGUAGAAUGUAAAUGUUUUGGCACAGUAACUGAGAUAACGCCGGAAAGGCUAUGUUAACCACUGUGAUAAAAAUGUG